AUGGAAUAUCGUAUUUUAUGUGUUAUUAAUUAUUCUAGUUCUCUUCAAGAUUAUAAUACAGCUAUUCUAUUUUUUCAUCUUGUUACUCCAUUUAUUGCUAAUUUUAUUUCAGCUUUUUAUAUUGUUUUUGGUACAGCGAGACAAAAAUCAAUAACUCGAACUAAACGAACUUAUAUAAGACAUAUACUUGAACAAUUUAUUGAACAUAAACAAUUAAUAAUUAGUCCUCUGAUUUUACUUAUACUUUCAAUGCCUCGAUUAAUUAUUUCAUUAAUAUCUGGAUGUGUCGAUGUUUCCAAUAAUCCAUGGUUAUAUCUUUCUGGUUAUUUUAUUUCAUUUAAUCUAUCAAUGCUUAUUUUUAUUGUUUUUGUUUUUCCUUCAAAAUUAUAUAUGAAAACAUUUAGAGAAUCAUUUCAAAAAUUCAGACGAUCGAAUUAUUAA